UAAUAAGUCAGGAAAAUCUUGAGACCCAUGAACUAGCUAGGUCUCUAUAUAAUUAAGUUGUCCUUAAGCAGGAAAAUAUUGUAACACGCCUUGGUCGCCUUGCUUCGAUCUGCUUAAUUACGAUCGAAAUGGCUGCAACCGAGCCAAUCCUACCUGAAAUUUCUCGAAGCGAUGUGUUUUCGUCGUCACAGCGUAGGCCUGAUCUGCCUACGAUCGAAAUGGCUGCAACAGAGCCAAUCCCUCCUGAAAUUUCUCGAAGGGAUUCGUUUUCGUCGUCACAGCGUAGGCCUGAACGAAACUCCACAAGUGAUGUACGAAAUGCUCAUUUAGUGGUGGCAGCUCUGGUUGCUGCUACAGCCUUCCAAGUAGCAGUCAACCCUCCCGGAGGUGUUUGGCAAGAUGAUAAAUUGGUGGCCACUAAUGAGACAAAAGUUCGUCACGCGGGUAAGGCAAUUAUGGCGUCUUCUAACCCGAACGAGUACAUAGCCUUCGUUUUCUUUAAUUCGAUGGCGUUUUCUUCCUCUGUCAUAGCUAUUAUCUUUCAAACAGCCAACUUACCAUAUUUUCGGUUGAGUUAUAUGGCCUUAGUUUCAAUGUUGGUUACAUAUGGUUAUUCAGUUCGUGCGGUGACGCCACCUUGUCACACUUGGCACUGUGCUCAUCGCUAUGUGAUCAUCUCAUAUUUUCUUUCACUUGUGAUAAAUGCUAUGGUGGGAAAAAUUAAAAAUUGCAUGGGGAAUAAAAACGAGGGAGAGCACUCAGAGCAGGGUGGUGAAGAAUAAUGGAUGAUCAGUUACAUCACUCUCUCUGUAUGUACGUUUGUAUGUGUGCCGUGUGCCGUGUGCCGUGUGUGUAUGUAUAUAAGCAGUCUUCCAGUAUUAUGUAAAAUAGGUUGACCUCUUUGCUUUUCUCAUGUUCAAUCCUCUUCCUGAUCAGUGAUCGUGACCUUCCUUUUUGGGCUUUUAUUUAAAGGAAAUAUAUAUGAAUAAAUUAAGCAA